AUGCAAGGGCCGGCGCUAACCUGCCCACAGCAGCGCAGCGUGCCCGGCGACGUGUUUCCCAACUCCGGUUGGCCACAGGAUGAAUUGCAAGCCACACCCCAGACGCGCUUAGCCGAUGCCAGCUACAUGGUGGCCUACACUUUGAGAAACUGGAUAACCCCGAGGGCGGGGCGUGGAAAGGACAUGUCAGCCUUCGACCAGGACGAUCUCGGGAAUAUGCACAAGUGGCUGGAGGGCCUGGCGGCCAAUUUUCCAGCUGCGCAGAACGAGCUCAAGGACUUGCUGGCGCAGGUGCAGGCGGCGAAGAGCUACCACAAGGACCUCUGCGUCAGCGACUGGCUCCACUCGGUUGCUGCCAUCGAGGCGGUUCUUGGGACGUCACCCCCGACGGCUCCAGGCAGUUGCACGACAGACACCUGCCGAGUGUGGACUCUCUUCCACUUCAUGUCUCUGGCCAAACGCCACAACGUUACUGGCGCAGUCUCAGCGCAGGAAACGGUGGAGAGCAUCACGGCCUUCAUCACCGCGUUCUUCCGCUGCGAGCACUGCCGCAAACAUGCGUUGGAACAGCUGGGUGCAAAAGCCUAUGGCCAAGAGGAGAUGAUACAAAAGGGGGCGGAUGGUCUCCCUAUCUACCUCUGGCGCUUCCACAACGCGGUCUCCGUGCGAAUUGCAGCAGAAGGUAGCUGUCCAGGCGAUCGGCGCUGGCCUCCCCCGGAUCUCUGCCCCGCCUGUUGGUCCAAGUCUGAGGAGGAGUGGGACGUCCUCUAUGAGGCCAAGCAGAUCUUCUCGGAGCGAGCGGGGGGAGGUUUGAAUGCCGGCGGAGCUAUUCCUGACGAAGUGAAGGUGCUCGAGUUCCUGGACAAGGCCUUUGGCCUGAGCUGA